CCGGCCGCCUCACCUCCCGCCGUCACCAAACAUUAAAUUCCCUCUUUUUUAUUUGAAGUUUGCAAAGUUUCUUCUCUCUGGAGGGGUGCGCAGUUGGUUCAAAUUCUGCCCACUUGAAUUCUCUUUUUAAAUCUGAUUCUUUUGAGGUUUUCUGAUUCUGGCCCGUGAUUUUGCAUCGGGGAGAAGCUUCACUUUCUCGGACCCUUUCGAUCUCGUGUCAUUAUCUCCAAAUAUCUCUGUUGCUGAUCGUGAUUAGUGUCCGUGGUUAUGGGGAAUAAAGGUUCCAACUUUCUCGGGAAAAUGGCCUCCCUCCGGUUUUCUGGAGAAAAUCCCAACUGGGUUUCCGGAGAAAUUCUGAUUGUUUCGGAUUCUGAUGGCGGACGCUGCAAAGGAUUUGGCUUCGGGGACGGUUGGAGGAGCUGCCCAACUGAUAGUAGGACACCCCUUUGACACCAUCAAGGUCAAGCUUCAAAGCCAGCCGGCUCCAGCCCUGGGGCAGCUUCCCAAGUACGCCGGUGCCAUUGACGCGGUCAAACAGACCAUCGCAUCUGAAGGGCCGAGGGGUCUCUACAAGGGUAUGGGGGCCCCACUUGCUACGGUGGCUGCCUUCAAUGCGGUCCUGUUCACUGUCAGAGGGCAGAUGGAGGCAUUGCUCAGGUCUGAACCUGGAGUCCCUCUCACCAUUGGUCAACAAGCCUUGUGUGGUGCCGGUGCUGGAGUUGCUGUUUCGUUUCUUGCUUGCCCCACAGAAUUGAUCAAGUGCAGGUUGCAAGCACAAAGCGGAGUAGCCAGCUCAGGCGGAGGCUCAGUGGCAGUAGCCGUCAAAUACGGUGGGCCAAUGGAUGUAGCCCGGCAGGUCCUCCAGACAGAAGGUGGAGGCCGAGGUCUCUUCAAGGGCUUGGUCCCAACAUUAGCCCGUGAGGUCCCGGGAAACGCAGCCUGUUUUGGAGUGUACGAAGCCUUGAAGCGUUUCCUAGCGGGAGGAAAAGACACAUCAAGCUUAGGAAAAGGGUCACUUAUGCUGGCUGGUGGUUUGGGAGGAGCUGCUUUCUGGGUAUUUGUCUACCCGACAGAUGUGGUGAAGAGUGUGAUCCAAGUCGAUGAUCAUAAGAACCCGAAAUACUCUGGUUCCAUUGACGCCUUCCGGAAGAUUCUGAGGGCCGAGGGAGUGAAGGGUCUUUACAAAGGGUUCGGACCUGCGAUGGCCAGGAGUGUCCCUGCCAAUGCAGCUUGCUUCUUGGUCUAUGAGAUGACACGGUCCAGCUUGGGAUAAACCGGUUUUCUCUCCCCCCGCCCUUGCUUAACCAUUUGGUUCUUGAUGAGCCGAGUGCCUUUGUCCUCUUGGUUUUGUCGGUUUAGAUGAGAAAUUGAGCAAUAAAAAGUCGGUUAGGUUUUGGUUUAGACGAUCCAUUCUCUUUCUGCAAACUCUCUCUGUAUUCCUUUGAAUGAGCCGGUUAACCGAAUUGUUGUGGGCA